AGCAUCAAUGUCAGAUUUCAAUGGUUUCACAGUUUAUUGUAAUAAAAAGGGCAGGUCCCUUACUGAAUAUCAACAGGUGGUGAGUAGUGCCUCCUCUUAAAUCAGCUGUGUUGUGCGGGUUAACUGAGACAGCCAACCACCUGGCUUGCUUUCUUCCGUUCAGGAUUUGAUGUUUGAGUGUGUGCUGGUGCCAUUGUAGAGAAAUGCACAAUUCAGCAUUUCCCUGAAUAGACAGAAAGAAAAGCUUCCACUGAAAGCCGUCGAUUGUUAAAUUGAGAUCAGUUAAUCGAUAUUUGAAUACACGCAGCAUGUGGUGUGUAUUUCCCACAGCCUGUCCUUCUCCCAGACACUUUAUAAAGGUCAUAAUAGUACUAACAGUGUUGUUAUUAUCGCCAGUUGUGACAGAGGCGGGCUUAGGAUCGGGGCACGCGGUGAUUGGACGUGACGCGAUGCUUCCGUUCUGUGCGUACGCGCAGGCGCAGCGACCUCUCUCUUCUGAUAUUUUAUUUACUCCCAAAACCCAAGAUGGCUCCUGUGAAUGUCUUGUCCCCAUAGCAAAUUGAGGAUGCAAGUAGCUGCCGUAGAAACAACUUUUCCCCGACCGUCUCAACCCCUGGAGUUCAUUUCGUAUGGUGCGGAGGAGGCCCACACACCCGUGUAGGCACUGAGCAGCCGUCGGAGCUUCGCGAAACCUUCUUCAAUCCCCCAAUUUGGAGUAGUUUCGCGAAGUAGCUCUUCUCCUCGCUGCCGCUGUCUGUCCGGAGCGAGGUUCAGGCAGGCAGCUCAUCCAAAUGGCCGAACCGAGAAAAGUGCAAUUUGUCACCCUCUCGGCCUUCGCAGCGGGAGCCGCCGCGGAGUCUAGGAAACGCCGGCUGGAGGAUGAGGCCGACUUCAACUUCGGUGGAGCCGGGGAGGUCGAGGCAGCGACCGGGGCAGGGGGUGCUGCCAGCGACGGCGACAGGGAGAAGGCUGGAGCCGAGAAGAGGGCGACGGUGCGGCUCAACCUGACCCUACCGGAGCCCGACGACCGCUCCUCCGCCGAGUUUAAUUACGGUGAACUCAUCCAAAACCUCCAGGUAAAGAAUAAUCCUCCAAGUCUGACUUCAGCUCACAAUCCCAACGACCUCUUCAACAACGACGAGAGAGAGCGGCUCCAGGUCGAGGCCCUGGCAAAAAAGUUUGACAAUAAAUAUGGUAACACAGAGGAGAAGAAGAAGAAGAAGGACAGAAUGCAAGAUUUGAUUGAUAUAGGCUUUGGCUACGACGACACAGACCCCUUUAUCGACAACACCGAAGCUUAUGAUGAGCUGGUUCCUGCCUCUUUGACCACAAAGCUGGGGGGAUUUUACAUCAACACCGGCACGCUGCAGUUCAGAGCGGCAUCCGACUCGGAGCCAGAGGAGGACCAGAAGCCGAAUGACAACGAGGAGCAGGUGAUUAAGAAGAGGAAAAAGAAGGAAGUGAAUAAUCUGGAAGAGCAGAACCCGAAGAAGAACAGAGUACCUAAACAAGGAGUGACAGCCCUAACCCUCCACCGGCCAGAGAAGAAGAAGAGGAAGAAGCUGAUGAAGGACUCGCUGUACCUGGCAGCCAUGCUCCGCCGCUUCACCCGGGAGAAGGAGGAGAUGAGGAAAAGAAACACGAGCGUGGCUCAGCCCGGUUUGGCAGGAGUUGUGGCUAACAAGCUACAGUCCACCAACUCAACGAACCACCUGUUGGCCUCUAACUCCACCCAUCCGCAGGCCACCACAGCCGGCAGCGACUUGUCACUGGCUGACCUCACCUCAGACCCCGCUGUGAUGUCACUGCUAGGCUCGGCCAAUGAGAAGGAGCUGCAGGAUCUCCUAGGCGACCUCGACUUCAGUGUGUUGGACACUGACCAGCAGCACGCCAUGGUGGCGGCCAGGGAGAAUGGCAUUCUGGGAGUCGGUGUUCCGGGCUCUAAAGGAGCAGCAGCAGCAGCAGCAGGAGGAAGUGGCCAAGGGCGAGGCCUGGGGUCUUCCAGCGGACUGUUUUCUCCGCCUCUGCUGCCUGAUGGACUGCCUGCUCCGCUUAUUAAACGCAUCGAGGACCUGCGGGCGGCCUCGCGGCAGUUUGAUCAAGAGGGCAGGAAGAAAUUUUUCACCUUGGACAUGAAUAACAUUCUCCUGGACAUCGAGUUACAGGUCCAGGAGCAGCCUCCUGAUGUGCGCUUGGGCAUCUACUCGCACAUGGAGGCAUUUGUGCCGUGCAAUAAAGAAGCCCUCCUCAAACGCCUGAAGAAGCUCAGUCUCAACAUCCAGGAUGAUCGUCUGCGGACGCCGCUGUUGAAGCUGAAGCUGGCGGUGUGUAGUGUGAUGCCAGAGCAAAUAGCCAGAUAUAACAUGGACUGCAUGGCCAAGGUUGCAAAGCUGCAGUCAGAAGAGGGCGAUAAGAAUGGCUCAGAGGAGGAAGAUGAGGAAAAGCCUGGGAAAAGGGUGAUGGGCCCACGGAAGAAGUUUGCCUGGGAUGACAAGCUCAGGAACCUGCUGUGCAGCUUGGUGCGAGUGAAGCUGAGCUGCUACGAGAUGGAGAACCAGUGCUCUCUGUCUGUGGAGGACUACCUCAAGGCCUUCUUAGAGAAUGAGGUCAAACCACUAUGGCCCAAGGGCUGGAUGCAGGCCAGGAUUCUGCUCAAGGAGAGUCUUGCUGUUCACAGUCACCUCACUGGAAACCUAGUCAAGAGGAGAAUGGUGCCUGGGCCCAAGGCCAAAGCCAAGGAGGGUCUCUGGAUCCACAAACCACCACUCAUGAUGACCUCCAUCCCGUCUCUGCCCACCUCCGUAUCCACUCUGAACUCCACCCGCCAGCCCCCCUUCUCUUCCUCGCCCCCCGAGCCCAUCUGUCUGUCAGACUCACUGGAUGAGGAUCUGAGCGCUCCCUCUCUGGACUCCAUCUCCCACGCACUGGCCCUCCUCAGCAAUGCAUCUAAGGGCCUGGGUUUCUCAGACAGUCCCUUGUCGCCCCCACCCCUGCAAAUGCCCACCACCUCUCCUCCCCCCGUCACCCCUCAUUACCCCUCAGCCUCUCAGCUCUCUGCCUCCAUUUCAUCCACAACGCAGCAGCAUUCCUUCUCUAAGGUGGAGGCCGCCCCGCUGGCGUCUGCUGGGAACUUGCCAACAACAACAACAACGCUACUAACCUCCUCUUCUACCUCCUCUUCCACGUCUCCCGCUGUUUCCUCCUUGGCUCGUGUGCAGGCAGCAGGCCUGUCGCUGGCCUCCAGGACUGCAGUUGGUCCUUACGGCCUGAUUAAAGGAUCUGGCACCAUGGGCCAAACCCAGACUCAGAGACUAGUUACCAUGGCAUCAUCCAAUCACAGGCCAAGCUUGGUGAUGAGCGUGAGUGGCAAGAUGCAUCCACACCCGUCCCCAUCGCCCCCGAAGCAGCGACCUCCUCCCACCGCUUCCCCACUGCUGCCCCCCCAUCAGAAGGGCUUUGUUAGCCCGGCAGGGAUGCUGGUAGCUAUGGGAGCCCCUCAUGUACUGGCCAAGAGCAGUGCCAAAACCAGCGGCAUCAGCAGCAACGGCAGUGUGAGCAGCAGCAGCAUCAUCAUCACGCCUUCUUCCUCCCCCUCCUCACUGUCCCGCUCUAACUCUAGCACCCACCCUGGCCUGCAGUCCUUCUGCCCUCCCUCCCCGGUGGCCUCCUCGCCGUCCCCAACCUCCCACACCUCACACUCCUCUCAAGGUAAAUCCCACACACAUCAUCAUCAUCAUCAUCAUCUCCACCAGGCCAACUUCAUCACACCCAUGCAGGCCACCCUCACCAAGUCCUCCCACAGCAGCAACUCCUCCCCCAUCAUCAAGCUCACCCCUCGGCCUCCUGCCCCCACCCCACCUCCCUCCUCGUCGCCCUCCCCGGCAUCUUCGCCCUCACACCCGCUCUCCCAUCAAAUGAUCCCCAGCCAACAGCAACAACACCAGUACUCCCCCAAAACGCCCAAAACUUUUCGCCCCCCCUUCAGUGUAUCGGGCGGCGGGCAGGUGAAGCAGACGCAGGGCAACUUCAGUUUCGCUGGAGGCCAGAAAGCUCAGUCCACGACGAGCAACAGUAGCAUCAACAACAACUCCAUCAACAACAAGGGAGUUAUAUCAAGCGUGUGCAGUCGCCCAGACAAAACUCCCCUGUCUUCUGCACCUUCAGUCUCGGCCAAUCACGGGCAGAGGCAGAGGGUGGUGGGUGGGGCGAACCAAAGCUCAAAGCCAGGAAACGGUUGGGCUGCUUCAGGAACUUUGGCCACGUCCUCCACAACGUCACACCUCUCACAGGUAUCAACAGCCGGCACUUCCCUCCUGGGCAGCGCCUCCGGUCUGCCCCUGGGCUUUGGGAUGUUGGGAGGCCUGGUGCCGGUCUCGCUGCCCUUCCAGUUCCCCCCGUUGAUCAAUUUCAACCCUUCUGGAGCCCCAGGGAUCGCUGGCAUGGGCUCAGCCCCCAGCUCCAACUCAGGAUACACCCUAGCACAGAGCGACCUAAUGGAUCUGUAUAAGAGUCUCCAGUCAGGGUCGCAGGCUGCCCUACCUCCUCACUUGCAGCUUGCUUUCUCAGAUGCGAACCAAAGCCAGGCUGGAGACAUGAAGAGGAAAUCCCACUGACCAAUAACAGCGCAGGAGGCCGACACCCAGCGGGGUGACAUCACAACCCCCUGGACACCUCCACCAAUAAGAAUCUUCACUUUGAUUGACUGACACAGUGACGUGGUAUGAGGGGGCGGGGCUCCACCGCCUCUUUUCCAAAAUGGACCUAAAGGAGAAUCAGUUCGUCCUCGCUACAAGUGGCGAUGAUGAAUUCAUUAAACUGUAUUUUCUACUGAACCGGGUAUGAGAACAAGACGGAGUGAAUGACAAGAACACUUUUAUUUUAGCUUAUUUUUUUUGUCAACAUGUUUACAUAUGACCGACCUUGAUCACUGUGGAAUGAGUGUGAGCGAGGUGGUGAUACAAAUUAGAGUAGUGUGCUACGUGAUAUAAGUUGUAUUUAAGCUUAUGUGGAAUAACAGGACUCGUGUUCUUGCAGUACAAAAAGAAAAAAAAAAAGAUUUUUUAUUUACUUGUCUUUUUGUCUCAGAUGUGGGACUCGUCGUGUCUGUAGACAUUUUAUUGUGGUCACCUCUGCUCCCACAAAUGACUGUUAAGUAGUAGCUUAAAUUAAUAUUGAUAAAUUAUUUGUAAUUUACACAGGGACAAAAACAUGUUGUGGUGUGUGUGAGAGAGAGAGAGAGAGAGAGAGAGAGAGAGAGCGGUGAAGUUGAUUUGAAUGCGUGUAUGUACAUAAAGAAACACAAUAUACUGUUAAUCUCUUUCCAGAUUAUUCUGUACGGAUGGGUAAAGAUGUGUACCCCCUUUUCACAACAAUGAGCGAGUGUAAGUUUGAUGCCCCUCUCUUGCUCGGUGUGCUUUUGGUGCUGUUUAAUCACACUGGACCUUUUCUGGAAAAAAGACUUGAAUUGAAGAAGUUUUGGGCUCCUCUUGUGAAGAGAGGAGCCGCCUGUGAGAGAGGGGAGAAAUGUCAAGAUUGUAGCCUACUUGAAUUGUUUUAGGGUUUUUUGUUUUUUUUAGUUAAGAUUUUUUUGUUUACUUUCUCUGCUUAUUAACUCGAUCCAACUUAAUAUAACACAACGCCUUAGUUUGUAUUGAAAACGUAUGAAAAAGAUCUAUGCAGGACUGUAAAACGCUCAAUGCAAAAGUGCGAGUCGUCGCUUGGCUUUCAACCUCUCCUCAACCUGUCGGUGCGUCUCUGAAGUUGUAGAUGUUUGUAGAUGUCACUCGAGACUUCUGUUGUUCUUGGGUGUGUUAAGACAGAAUGCGAAGCAAAUUUUAGAGGCGGUUUGCACAUAAAAGUCAACGGAAAGAAGCGAUUUAGAUGCAAAAUGUUUCAACUUCAGUGGAAAAAGUUGCACUUGUACAGCUUUCACGUCCUAUUGUUGAAACUGUCAUUACGAGCAGCGAUAGAUGGAUACUUUAUUAAUCCCACAAGUGGGAAUAACGGAUUUCUGAUAUGGACAAUAUCUCCCUCUUGGUGAAUAAAUUACAAAACACAAACGUCAACAAACUCGCUGCAAACUCUCAUUAGCUUGUGUCAAAAUAAAAUCCAAUAUGAACACUAAAACCCUAAAUUGAUUCAUCUAAUUGUAAAGGAGCUUUACACUGUUUAUAUCUAGAGUCACGUGAUGAUUAACUGCUACAAAUGCAUAACGCAACAAAAUAAGCUAAUCUGUCCUGUUUAUCUGCUACAGGGUUAGCAGUGGGGCUAACCAGUUUGGGAUGAUGUGUAAACACUCCCAACCCGGAGUAACGGGUCUUUUUCCCUCCCCUUUGUGCUGACCUGUACCUGGGGCUUAGUGAAACUACUUUAUAAACGUAAAUAGGAGUUACUGGUGAGUUCAGAGGUCAAGCAGAUACAGUCACACUCCCACAGAAAGAGUUGGCGUCAACAAAUUGACACGAGACUGAACAUUGACUUUGCUGGCUGUCUGAACACACCUGUAGAGAAACCUUCCCUCUGCUGAAUACCUCCGUCAACAAAACUGUUCUUCCUGAGUCUCUCGUUGUCCUCGCCCGACUAGUUCCUCCACCAUGUGCGUCUGACUGACCAGCUGCACCGAGAAUGGCGCCAAAGAUUGUUCUGUAGCUCACUUUAGAUGGGGCGUUGCGCGUGUGUGUGUGUGUGUGUGUGUGCGUGUGCGUGUGUGUGUGCGUGUGCGUGUGCGUGCGUGUGCGUGUGUGUGUGUGUGUGUGUGUGUGUGCGUGUGUGUGUUCUUACAUUUCCCACCCAAAAUGUAAACCCAUGUGUCGACGUGUGGUCCUUCAGGAUGUCAUUGUGAAGUCAUGUGACUGGAGCAGUGGGUGACAUCUUAUAAAUUGUGCUUUCUUUGGGGGUCGGGGAGGAUAGAAAUGACAUUUCGUGGUUAACUGGUUACUUAAUUUGGUCUUUUGUAGAUUAUUUUUGUGUGUCAAUUAUGAAAUUAAACAAAACAGGUUGUUUUCA